AUGGCGGAUAUCUCAGAAAUGAUUGAGUUCUUAUGGCGGCCCCCACGAAUAAACACAGGCCCCAUAAUCAAGCAUCUGGUCAACGACAGAAAAGCCCCAGAGAAUUUUGGGUAUUAUCGAAACUGGGGUUUUACGGUUUACCGUACUUUCUAUGGCCCUGACUCGGAUAAACACUGGGACACAUUGAUUGACGCCGUGACUCGACAGACCUUACUUGCACUCGGCUACCACGAAAAUGAUAGAAUAUUCAAUGAGGAUAUUAAAAGAAACUGGGGAAAAUACAGCGAUAAAAGCGAAUAUCUGGAGGAUAUAAAUCGACUGAAGAAGCUUUUUCGUCUCACCACCCGGGAAAAUCCAUUGUUGUUCGAUGGUCUCGACAUCCCCCAAAUCCAAGAAGUCUGCCGCAGAGAGCUUCCGCGGGCUAGGGAAAACAUAGAAGGAGCCAGGCAUUGCUUUGUAUUGGUUGCCGACGAGAGGGUGCUGAAAGAUGUUGCAAAUGGAGUCUUUGUAAUCACAGCUGUUGAUUAUGAUCAGGUCGAGGAACGAUUCUGUCCGGAAUGGGUUAGAAUGUCAACAGGUGACAUACUGAACCUCUGGGAGUCGCUUUUCCUCGAGGAUUCUAUUUUUCGUACCAUACACUGUGCGAUGGGAUGUGAGCUAUCCAAACGCGACCUUGAGACUUAUGUCUGGUCUGGACUGGAUUGUAUUGAGUCACUUGGCGAUUGUUCUGAAGCUCAGACUGCAACACCAGGACAGAAACCCGAGUAUACUCGGUUCAGAAUUGACUAUUAG